AUGGCAGAUAACCCGAACGAAGAAAAGGAAACCGUCCAAGUGACCUCCUGCUGUUGGUUAAGCAAGAGAAAGAUAAGCAGCCUAAACAGGAACAGGCAUAAAGGAAAGGACGGUUCCUCCGGGGGGAUCGAAAUAAAAGUCCCCAACUUUAACAUAUGUUUGACCUCGCUAAGUUUGCCAAUUAUAAAGUUAAAAAAUGACUUGGACCGUAUAAGUGAGAAUAAGCAGAUAACACGGUUGAGGGAGAACAAGGCAAACCAGAGGGGACGUGCAAACAACUCCUUUAAUAAAAAGAGGGAAGACACAUCCGAUGAGACGUACGGGACAUGCGAGGAAGACCCUACGAAUGACGAUGAAGUAUGCUCCAUGCUACUUCGGAGCAAGGCUUUUAACGAAACUUGGAGAAUUAUGAACAGCUACAUGAACUGCUUUGUUUACAACAGCGUUAACGAAAUGGUCGAUAGGGAAAUAAACUUCCUGAACAGGAACUUGUGCUUGCGGGAUGACAAGGUGUCCCUGCUGAUUGUGAAGACGCAGACUUGCCCCUUCGUGAAUUUGUUGCAGUACCGGGCGUUAUCGCAGAAGUUGAAGGAGGUGAAUGGGUGCGUAGAAGGGGUGACAACGGAUGAGCGAAGUGACCGCGAAAAAGAGGCGACCCAUCAUGUGGGGGAUGAAGAGGCUACCUCCCCCCGAGACGAUACAAACACGUUUACAUACAAAACGUUUGACAACAGAGUGAUGACAUACACACUACUACAAAGGCGAAGGCACAUAGCGUCCUGCAUCGUGAACGUCUACACACACGACAGCGUGGAAAGCAUACUCAUAAGAAUUAUAAAAAAAAUAAACCGCAAAUGUUUCAUGAAAAUUGACAAAAAAAAUAUGAACGAAUUAUUUCAAAAAAUGUUCAAAAAAAAAAAAAAAAAAGUACUUAUCAUAUUUUUAAAAAAUUAUAUCAAAUUGAAGUCUUCCAUUUUUAGUGGCCUCCUCCUUUAUCUCCUCCAUUUGAAAGAAAUUAAUUCAAUAAACAUAAGUGUUAUAAUUACAAAUAAUUGUGUCCUUUCCGCAUUAAGCAACUUGGAUUAUUCUGUAAAAAAAAAUGUACACGUAAAUAUAUGCAAUUUGUAUUUAAAUUAUUAUCACUUGAUAGAGAAUAUCAUGUUCCAUCCAUUUUUCAACAACGUCUUGUUUAAAUUGAAAGAAUAUUCUACAUUUAUUGAUCACCUUUUUUUUUUAAAUCAUGAUAUGAGUUUUCUCCAAGUAAAAUAUUUCUUCUACAUGUUCGUGCGAGAUUUUUUUGACAAGAAAAUUUUGUCUUUUCUUAAUUUGCCUCUGAUUUAUUUUUGCAAAAUUGGUAAAGGGGGGAAGAACGUACAGAUAGAGGAUCCUUGUCCAGAGGGAGGAGAAAAGUACACCAAAAAGUUUAGCACCUUCAAGGGGGAGAUAUCCAACUAUUUGAAUGAUCUUCACGUCGGGGACCUUCGCCAGAAAUUUGUAUUACUUCUAUACGCCAGCAAUUUUUAUGAGGAACACAUUCGCCAUUUGAAGUCCAAGGGGAAGCAUCACACACUCUACCUCAUGAGUGAGGUGUGCCCAUCCGGGGGGGAAGAAAACCUACCAAAUGGGCAAAAUGGUAGCCCUCCCAUGGAGGAACAGCAACGCCAGGAAGGACCCACCACAAGGAAGGGAAAAAACAAAAGAGCUCUCCUCACGGAGGGGGGAAAUCACCACACCGGAGAUAAGUCCCAUCCGAAAUACAAGGAACCUUCCAAAAAGAGGAAAAUAAAAAGUGACUUCUUUUACAACUGCAUAAGGUAUCUCAAUUUUGCGAAAAGUGAGCGGGCAGAGAACCACCAAGGGGAAGACAUUAGUCGAGAAAAGGAAGGCACUGUGCAGAAUGGUGUCUCCCGUUGGACUUCACAUGGCAAAAGUGAUAUUCCAAACAGAGGGAUCGGUGAAAGCACCUAUCCAGGGGAUCCAAAGGAAGAUAAGAAUUGCAUGCACGAAAUAAUCCAACUGAUGAAAAGGGACUCCAUAAAGAGGACACUAAAAUCGAGUGAUCAUUUCCGAAGCUGCUAUUUUCAAAAUUAUGUUUCGCAUAAUAACUUGGCGGAAUGUCUAUCCCCCAUGAACAGAAUAGUAAACAAAGAUUUCGUGGACGACUGUAACUGCAUAAAAGUGUAUGUCAUAAAUAAUCUGACGGAGCAUAUGAAAGUGGAGCAUAACUUCGACAGCCUUGAGGUGCUCAAAAAGGAGUGGAAAAAUAAUGAGUAUUGGAAAAUUCAACAGUACGAAAAGGUAUUGGCAAAAAUGGAAAAAAAAAUGCACACUGGUAAAGGGGGGAAAAAGAAGGCUCCCCUUGGGAAAGGCGCAAUUAAGGCGAACAGCAAAGGGGGCAACGUGGGGAGAAACGAAAAUGGAGGAGAAGUCCACCCUCGAAUGGCCCUUCUCUACCUGCAGAAAUGCCUUGCAAAAUCGAUCAGCAAAAGAAUGAUCACACUUUUGUAUAAAAAAAAAAAAUACAACAUAUGUCUUUCCAUUAUCAACAUCAUUUUAAAAAACAUCCCCGCGUACUCCUCCCUGAGAAAAAGAGUUCACAUUCUGAAAGAGUUAUUUAAAAAGUACGAAAAGAAAUUUUUCAUUUACAACGUGAAGGAUCUCACCAAGGCAAAUGAAGAAAUUGAAAAAGAAUUUAAACAAAUGGUAAAUACGAUUUGCGACAUUUUAUUAAAUCUGUACAUGGGAAAAAUAAAUGUGUUAAAAAAAAUACUAAAUGAUAUUUCGUCCUUUUUGGAAAGCGUCCACUAUAUUAUUAAGUUGGAAAAAUACAUAACUGAGAAGGAAUUUUCCGGAUUGGAUUUACAAACGUUUGUAAAAAAGCUCAACAUUUUAAUAGUCUUUUUGGAUUUGUUUAUCAAUUUGAAAAAAAAAAAAUGUCAAAAUAAAAAUCCCCCGCAUGAGUACCAGAGGGGCAAUUCCAAUCCAGACAGGGGGCUGCCAUUUGGGGAGAACAAUUCCCACUCAGCAGUAACCACGCAUGAUGGAGAGUUAAAAAAAAUGGGGACCACUUUAAUGUGUGACGGGGCGUGUGGAACGGGGGGGAAAGCAAACCAGCACAGUGGCAUCACCACUGUAGAAAGUAGAAACGAAAAUGGUGACACACAAAACGUGGCCAAUUGCUUGGGAAGGAAGAUCCAUUUGGACAGUUGCCAGUGCCAGCUUGAAAAUAACAAAUUGGAGAACCUCCUAAGCACAAUGAGCGACUCGGACAUGGACCUCACUCUGCUCGAAUAUGUGUUCAUCUUUUUUUGCGAAUUUUUGUACUUCCUCCUGAUGCCGUGUGUUUUUCUACUCCCCUUGGUAAACACAUGUAUUGCACACGACCAUUCCCCUGACGCACAGGAUUUGUUGAAAAAAAAUUUGCGAAUGAAGCUGCUUCACGUUCUUUACCACAACAAGUUAGAGUUAAAGGAUUUGAACAGCCCCAUAUGUAUUGGCUCAUCAAAGUUCAGCCGCCCCUAUAAGGAGGAAAACAAUUGUGUACUUGAAAAAGGUCAGAGGGGUGUGGAUGCCCCAAAUUUGGGAGACCUACUAGGAAGGGAAAAAGCCAAAGGGAAUAUCCACCUCCCGUGUGAUAUGUUGCAAAAAGGCAGCCAAAUGGAAGACAUGGUGAUUAUAUUUCACAUUGUGCAGAACUUGAACGCCAGGCACCUUAACGUGUGCAGCAUGUUUAUUGAGUAUAUCAAAGUGAAGCUGAACUUCAGGGGUGAAGGGACAGAUAGCGGAAAAGACGAGCAUAGUGACGAUAGCGUCAGACGGAGCGGAAGCAAAUCUGACCGGAGUAGUGCCAUUCGAAGCAAUCCCCGUUCGGGCAGAACACAUGCACACGACGCAAGCAACCUCCACUGCGAAUCUUUCCAAGAAUUGUUCUACAAUUUCGUCAUUGCAACAAUGUCACUUUUUUAUUAUUUGAAAAUUAUCCACAUUCCAUCCACCUUUGUGAAGGGAAAAGACGAACCACAGAUCUCUCAACCAUUCAGUUGCAAAGAGAACCACAUGAUUCGUACGAAUACAAAUGCAGACUCACCAAACGCACAACGUGGUCAGAAGGGUGCUAACGUGUUGAUUACGUCUAGGAAUGGACGCCUCGAUAGUUUGGAGGAUGGGACCCAACCAACCAGCGAUGAGGAGACAGACACACCCGCCAUGGAACACGUGAACGGGAAUGCAGGUCAGAAAUACAAAAAUUAUAUACUGGACAUGUUGGGGAGUAUGAACAUACGAAGGUUGAUCUUUGGGCGGGGGUACACCGCCUGA